AUGUCCUCGUAUGUCCCAGCUGACCGGUCAAGGGCCCCCCCAGCACUCACUACAACAACCCUUAGCCACAGGCGCGAGUACGACUACUCGUACGACCACUCCUACCGCCGGCCGACCCCCCCGCCUAUUGCCACCCUCACCCACUCCCCCUCCCUGUCCGUCUCUUCCGUCGACCGCUCCUCCGUGUCCUCCCCUGUGCCCCGCCGCUCCCCGACCAUCCGGCCCCUCGACUCCCACUCCAGCUACUCGGAUCCGUACUACUCCCAGGACCACUCCGCUCGCCAGUCGAGACCCUACCCACACGAUCCUGUCCGUGACUCCGAACGGUCGUCCCACAGUUAUUCUUAUGCCCCGCGCACGCACCCAGACCACAGGUAUUCCCAUGAUAAUACCCAUGCAUACCAUACCCCCUCCCCCUAUACUUCCGCCCUCUCACAUGGCAGCCUGGGCACACGGGACGCAGGCUCCCUUUCAUACCCUCUGCCGGGCCAAAACAAUUAUUCCAUCGUCCAUACUGACGAUGCUGCCACAAAGCUUAGCGACAGAGUCCGCAGGCGCUGCUUCAACUGCUGCACGACCGACACCUCCACAUGGAGGCGGUCGAAUCUCAGUCCUGGCAAAGUGCUUUGCAAUAAAUGUGGUCUCUUCGAGCGCACACAUGGCCGGCCCAGACCCGACCAAUUCCCGCAUCGCAGGGGACCUCUUGCCACAACUACGAUGCCCCGUCCAAAGUCACCCCCCCAAUCCACCCAGCUUCCGCCAAUCUCGACUCAUGUCACCCUGCCACCCUACCAUUACAGUCAUCCAUCGAUUGCGCCCCUAACUUCCAUCCCCGACUCACGGAAGCCGCAUCAUUCCAACCAGCUCCCGGAGAUCCAGUCUUGGAUUGAUGCACCCACUCCGCGUACGUCGGCGGUCUCGAUGUCGUCGUCGUACCCGCCGCCGUCCUCAGACCACCGCAACGGACAUGCUCAUGGUCACGGUCACGACCACUUAUUACCGUUGCGCCCACGGUCACCCGCGCGCAUGCAACAUCACGUGGAUAUGCGGUCUUCUAGCGUCCAUGAGGCCGUUGCGUGA